CAUAACUGUGUAAAUAAACACAACAUCUGCCUGUGAGAGGUUUUUUAGCGAUAAUGAUAAGAUAAACCUACUUAGAAGAAGUCAGAAUGUCGGACACAAACUUAACUGCAAUUUUAAAGAAGCAAGGAGAUAUUCAGCUCGAAGACAUCCCUAUUCCAGAACCAGGUCCAGGGGAGGUACAGUUAUGUAUGCAGCAUGUGGGUAUCUGUGGAUCAGAUGUACACUACUGGAAACAUGGAGCUAUUGGAGAUUUUGUUGUCAAGGCACCAAUGAUACUUGGACAUGAAGCUAGCGGAGUCGUCAGUAAACUAGGCAAAGGGGUUAGCAAUCUUCAAAUUGGAGACAGAGUAGCCAUAGAGCCAGGAGUACCCUGUCGGUUAUGUUCUCAUUGUAAACAUGGCCGAUAUAACCUUUGUCCAGACAUGAAAUUUUGUGCUACACCUCCGAUUCAUGGUAACUUAGCCAGAUAUUAUGUCCAUGCUGCAGAUUUCUGUUUUAAAUUACCAGAUAAUAUGAGUACAGAAGAAGGAGCUUUGUUGGAGCCAUUGUCUGUAGGAGUUCAUGCUUGUAAUAGGGGAGGUGUUACUUUAGGCAGCAAGGUUCUUAUUUGUGGAGCUGGUCCAAUUGGUCUAGUAAAUGUAUUAACAGCCAGGGCCAAUGGAGCUGCUGUUGUUUGUAUUACAGAUAUUGAUCAAUCAAGGUUGGAUAUGGCCAAGUCGAUGGGAGCCACAUACACACUGAAAGUAACCAGUAAAGACCCAAAAGAGAUGGCACAGAAAGUUGAAGAUGUAAUGGGAGUACAGCCAGAGAUUACUAUCGAAUGUAGUGGUGCUACUCCUAGUAUUCAAACUGCUAUUUAUGCAACUAAAUCAGGCGGAUGUGUGGUAUUAGUUGGUUUAGGACAAGCAGACAUCACACUCCCAAUAGUAAAUGCCUCAGUCAGAGAAGUUGACAUCAGGGGAAUAUUCAGAUAUGUUAACUGUUACCCAACUGCAUUAGCAAUGGUUGCUUCUGGUAAGGUGGAUGUAAAGCCAUUGAUAACACAUAGAUUUAAACUGGAAGAUACUCUCAAAGCAUUUGAGACAACUUUCAAAGGAGAAGGAAUCAAGGUCAUGAUAGAAUGUGCUAAAAAGUGAAAUGUUAUGGGACAAUUUGAGUAGAUUUGGGAAGUAAAUAUUGGAUAGAUGUCUUUAUUGUCAUCAGUAGAUAAGUUCACAUACACAGAAAAAUGAGGAUAAUCACAAAUGGACCGGAUGCUUCAUUUUUAUCAUGUUCAGCCAGGGUACACGGUUGUAUAAAUGGAAAAAACAUUUUAACAUUUGUUACUUAUAUACUUAUACUAUAUAUGAUUAUGAUAAUCUGUAGAGAGAGAUUUUCUUAGAACUCUGUUCAAGUCAAGUGCAAUCUUUUUGCUGAAAAGCAAGUGAUGAUAAUUGAAAACACUUAAAGGGUAUUUUUUGUAUUUAAUAGCUUAAAGGAUAAAUUUGUUUUUAUGGUGAGACAUGGAAAUAUUAUGUUAAAAUUAAUGAAAAUUUCAAUAGGAUUGUUUUGUUUACAACGGUUCUCAAUGAUAAUUUUUUUUUAUAUGAAAACUUUGUGUAAUUAUUUUUUGAUAGACAUUUAAAGGUUAUAUUUGAAUGUUCCCCCUAGAAAAAUAUGUUAUUGUAUGUUGUCUUGAAAUUCUAGAGAUUAUUCUUUAAUCUUCUUUUGUUGUUGAUAUUAUAGAUAUUUUAAUCAAGAAAUAUAUAUUUUAUGCAUUUA